AGUCAGCCGGUGUAUUGACGUUAAAAAAUAGUUGUAUACCGGCAACUCUUUUGUUUCGUGGUCGAUUUUCGUCGGUAAAAAGGUCCCUUUCCCCAGUUUUCCGGCGGUUUUCACUGGGAAAUGCAUUGUUACAGGCACACGUAGCCUCGCCAACGAAAAUCCUGAUCCCGGUCGCCGAAUUCGCGAAGUUUUCUUUGUUCUUCGACGGUUUGUGAUCGCGCUGCAACAGAAUUAUAACACGACCCCCGUAUAACCGAUUCAAACAACACUGAACUCAAGCAUCAAUUAACCAGUUAAAAACGAACAUUCAGUAUUAGAUGAAAAAGUAUUAACAAUCACCAAAGACUUAGACUAACACCAAGUACAAAAAAUAAACAAGUAUAUACGUAAAAAAGACCAAACCAUGUUUGUCCAGACCAACGUCACCGCGUCUCAGAAAAGAUCAGCCGCCAAUCCUGACAGUACCUCCUCACUACCAUUGGAGGACGAUAACGAAUCUGAUCCCAUAAAACUACCGGCGGUUUCCGACGAACUUAUGCUCGACCUAGAUCGAAUUUACUCGACCCAAGACACCGAAAUCCAAGAGCUAGCUCUCGAUGUCGUGUCCAAACUUGUAGAGAGCUGGCUGGACCCAAAUAAUUUCGUUAGUGAUCAGAAAUGCGACUGUAAAGAUGACAUUUCGGACAGGUACGACACCUGUCAUGUUACCGAAACGAAAAAGGAUGAAUCUGAGGUUGUUGAGAGUGAGACAAAGUCGCAGGUGAAGAAGUCGGAUUGUAAAAGGUCAAAUGGUGAUGGGCAUUCGAUGUCUAGCUCUGUGACUUUCGAGAAGAGGCCUCGUUGUAACACUGGCGACGAGACUGUGUCCAAGAGCACUAUCAAGGGUGGCAGAACUACCGUGCAAUAUUUUGAUUUGGUGGCGUUGCAGUUGCCUAUUAUUCUGAGGUUGUGUUUCGCUUGUCCGUUCGGGCAUGUUAGGAGAAAAUGUCGAAGAAUUUUGGAUAUGGUUCAGGAUCGUGGACUACCAAUUCCAGUACCAUUGGUUUAUGGACCUAGUAAGUUCAUCCCAUCAACAGAGCUACCGUUUUUGGGAACUUGCAACGACAAGACUCAUCCACUGUUCGUGGAUGCCUUUCUCCAAAAUAACCGCUUGGACCAUGUCUCCCAAGUUAUGGGGUACCAUCCGGUCUAUCUGGAGCAGUUCCUCAAAGCCCAGAACUAUAUCUUACGUGGAGACGGUCCGUUGCCAUUUGUUUAUAGACAUUACAUAGCCAUUAUGGCGGCUGGAAGACAUCAAUGCAGCUACCUCAUCGCCCUUCAGAAGCAUGAAUUUAUGCUACAGGGUGGCGACGAAAACUGGCUUAGGGGUCUCAAAUACAUACCUCAGAAACUUAGGAAUUUGUAUGAUAUCAACAAGAUCUUAGCUCAUCGUCCUUGGUUGCUCAAAAAAUCUCAUAUUGAGAAACUGACCAAAUGCGGCAAGGACUCCUGGUCGCUGGCCGAAGUGGUUCACGCCAUCGUCAUCCUGGCCCACUUCCACAGCCUCUGUUGCUUCGCGUUCUCCAGCGGAGCCAACGAGGAACUGGACCAGGCCGGCGGCUACCAAUACCCCGCAGUACAAACCGACACGUCUGUGACCAGGACUGCACAGACACCGUCACCUAGUAGUAAUAGAGGAACUAAUACCGUUGGAAACCGUCGCGAAGGCUGUGAACCUGUGGGACCAUGCCCCCCAUCACCAACGGAACCGGAAGUAGGAAUAACGACCCUUAUGCAACGUAUGAAAACUUUAUCAGAACAAACGGAAGAAUGCACCCCUGGUGAACUGGCCAAAAGAUUCGAAAAUAUUGAGGUACAAUCGGCAGAACUGAACGUUGUAGGUGCAGCACCUGCAGAAACGCCGGCAGACAUCAGUUACUUCAUUGACGACCCCACCUUUCAGUACCAGGACUUCGCAAAACGGGGAGAAUCGGAUAUUCACACGUUUAGAGUGCAGGAUUAUUCUUGGGACGAUCAUGGUUAUUCGACUGUUAACAGACUGUACAAUGACGUAGGAACCUUACUCGACGGCAAAUUCAGGACCGCUUACCAUCUCACUUACUACACCAUGGGCGGCAGGACCGACGUGGACACGUCCAGGUUCCGACGGGCCAUCUGGAACUAUAUUCAGGCGCUGCUGGGCAUACGUCACGACGACUACGACUACGGAGAGAUCAACGCCCUGGUGGAAAGAUCGCUGAAGACGUUCAUCAAGAGCGCCUGUUGUUAUCCGGAACGGGUGACCAAGAAGGAAUACGAUCGCGUUAUGAGGGAGUUCGAGCAUAGUGAAAAGGUUCACGUCAACCUGAUGGUUCUGGAAUCCAGGAUGCAGGCAGAACUGUUAUACGCCCUGCGCACCGUCAAUCGUUAUAUGACAUAAGUUCUUUUUUUAUACCGUUUUUUAUUAUGAUUAUUAUUAUUAUUUUAAAUAAUGUUUUCGUACUUUGUUGUUAGGCCUCACAAUCAUAAACUUUAAGUCGUCUAAAAAUCAAACCAUAUACAGUGUGCUGUUGUUACCAAGACUUGUGUGCGAUCUACAUAUUCUAUAUUUGUUCUCUUCCCAUUACGUAUAAAUUUGUAUUUAGCCAUUUCGUUAUGACCACACUGUAUAUAUCUAUAACAAUACCAAGUCGAUAUAGACAAAAGAGAUUGUAAGAAUUUGAAAAAAGUUAUAUAUUGUAACGUGAAAAAAAUACAAAAAAAAGUGUAAAUAUUUUUAUAGGUUCCGCCACUGACGCCGAAUAUUUAUUGGAAACAAGGGCAGUGGCGCGCGA